GUCAAACAGAUGAUGUGGAAGUUUCCUCUUAACCUUUCAGUUUCGUCAUAUAUCAUUUCUGGGGACAAAAGAAUUCCCCCUUUCUCACUUCUGGGUGAGUGAAAGGCAAGGUUUAAAGAAAUGCUACAGUUUUAAAAUUCAUCCAUUAGGCCAGGCAUGGUGGCUAAUGCCUGUAAUCCCAGCACUCUGGGAGGCCAAGGCAGGAGGAUCACUUGAGGUCAGGAGUUCAAGACCAGCCUGGCCAACAUAGUAAAACCCUGUCUGUACUAAAAAUACAAAAAUUAGCUGGGCUUGGUGGCGAGCGCCUGUAAUCCCAGCUAUUCAGGAGGCUGAGGCAGGAGAAUCACCUGAACUCGGGAGAUGGAAGUUGCAACGAGCCAAGAUCAUGCCAUUGCACUCCAGCCUGGGCAACAAAGCGAGACUCUUAUCUCAAAACAAAACAAAACUGGCUGGGAGCAGUGGCUCACCCCUGUAAUCCCAGCACUUUGGGAGGCCAAGAAGGGUAGGAUCACCUGAGGUCAGGAGUUCAAGACCAGCCUGGCCAACAUGGUGAAACCCCAUCUCUACUAAAAAUACAAAAUCUUAGCCAUCCAUGGUGGCAGGCGCCUGUAAUCCCAGCCUCUCGGGAGACUGAGGCAGGAGAACUGCUUGAACUUGGGAGCCUCUGCCUCCUGGGUUCACACCAUUCUCCUGCCUCAGCCUCCUGAGUAGCUGGGACUACAGGCACCCGCCACCAUACCUGGCUAAUUUUUUGUAUUUUUCGUAGAGAUGGGGUUUCACCAUGUUGGCCAGGAUGGUCUCGAUCUCCUGACCUCAAUGAUCCGCCCUCCUCAGCCUCCCAAAGUGCUGGGAUUACAGGCGUGAGCCACCGCGCCCGGCAUCAGUGUUUCUUAAACUUGAGAAUGCUUAUGUUCAUUAAUAUUUUUUCACAUAAUUCAGUGUUGUUUUUAUUACAGUUAUUGAAAUGUAUACAAAGAUAAAACUAUGCUUACAGCUUCUGUAGAACUAUAAAACUUACUAUGAACUGACGAUUGUUUCGCCGAAACCAAGUCACUGCUUAUGACGUGACCAGUACUAGGACUGCGACGGUGGUGCGACUCAGGUGGGGGAUGCCUAUGCCACGUGUGCUGAUAGAAGUUCCCAGACUCUUCUGUCACUUGAGCGAGACUGCCACAGAGCCACUGUGCUCCCAGAGUGCUGUGAUGUCAUUUGGCCGUUGCUAGAACUGAACCACACGUAUAGAGUCUGUUUUCUGCCUACUUAGCCUGUGAUGCUUUGAGUCAAUGCAAAUAAUUGCUGGAAGGUGUUAAUGCUGUUUUGUGUUUUGUUUUUAAGGUUAUGACUAAGGCUAGGCGCAGUGGCUCCACCUGUAAUCCUAGCACUUUAGGAGGCCAAAGCAUGGGGAUCACUUGAGCCCAGGAGUUUGAGACCAACCUAGGCAACAUGGCAAAACCUCAUCUCUACAAACAGUACAAAAAUCAGCCAGGUGUGGUGAUGCACUCCUGUGGGCCCAGCUACUCAGGAGGCUGAAGUGGGAGGAUUGUUUGAGCCCGAGAGGGUGAGGCUGCAGUGAACUAUGUUUGUGCCACUGCACUCCAGCCUGGAAGACAGAGUGAUACCAUCUCAAGGAAGCAAAAAAAAAAAAAGAUAUGACUAAAAAAUGUUUAGGCAGUGUCAGAACUCAGAGACUGAGAGCUUGAGAAUGAGAAACACUGGCCUGCCUGGUGGUUAAGAGCAUGAGCCUCCACCAGGGACCCAGCUCUGCCAGGUAUGCUUGUGGGAGCAUGAGCCACCACUGGAAUCUCCGAAUGUCUGUGUCCUCAUCUCUAAUGCCAGAGCUCACAAUACCUCCCUUGCAGGGCUAUUGUGAGAAUAAAAUAAGAUGCAGUUAAAUCUUAGCUCAGUGCCUGCCAUGAAGGAGGUGAGUGUUGAAAUCAUGAAUAAAAGAAUAAAGAUUAAGGAUGUGAAUAAUAUAAUUGUCUUUAAGUGGGUUCUGGAUAGCUUUUUCCCCCCAUGGGUGCUGAAGAAGACCUGAAUAAAAGAAAGAUCAAGGCCGGGCGCAGUGGCUCAUGCCUGUAAUCCCAGCACUCUGGGAGGCCGAGGCGGGCGGAUUACUUGAGGUCAGGAGUUUGAGACCAGCUUGGCCAACAUGGUAAAACCCCGUCUCUACUAAAAAUUCAAAAAUUAGCCGGGUGUGGUGGCAGGCACCUGUAAUUCCAGCUACUCGGGAGGCUGAGGCAGGAGAAUCGCUUGAACCUGGGAAGUGGAGGUUGCAGUGAGCAGAGAUUGUGCCACUGCACUCCAGCCUGGGUGACAGAGCUACACUCCCUCAGAAAAAAAAAAAAGGAAACAUUGAGGCUUUGGAUAAUGUAAUUCUUUCGGUGGGUUUGGAUAGCUUUAGGUGACUGUUAGGUGGAAGGCAUCAGGACAAGGACUGUCAGUGGAGGGGUCUGAGCACCAUCCUGGCACUAUAUUCAUCCAUUUACACCUUUGCGCACACAUGCUGUGAUUUGCUCUGAGUUGCAGCAUUGGGCAUAGAGAAGUGUUGCCCCAUGUGUUUAUAGGAGCAAUUUGAUGUAAGAGAACAAUCUCCCCAGCCAACUUUUUGUCAGUAUAUUCAGAAAGUUGUAAACUUAUCCAGUAUUAUAUCCCCAAGAAGCAGGAACUAAAAAAUGACAGCCCUAAUGAAGGGUGGAAAGACCUCUUCUGAGGUGAUAGAUUCUCUGUAGCACCCAUGAAGUAGGUUUGGUAAGCCACUGAGUUUUUGAGGUGAAAGCAAAAUUUCCUACUGUGAGCCAAAUAUGGGAGUAUCAUGGCAGUUCUAUUAUGAAUAUCUAUGUGUGGCCCUGAAAUGGGCCUAAAUGUGACUUGUGGAGUUAAUCAUUAGCCCAGCAGUUGUCUGAACGACUUGACUCCCUUGGGCUGCGAGCAGUUCACCUGCAGAGGAGGCUCCAGAAAGCGGCAUGUCCCCCUUGCUCUUUGGGGCUGGGCUGGUCGUUCUGAAUCUAGUGACGUCUGCCAGGAGCCAGAAGACAGAAUUUCUAAGUGGCUCUAGGGACCAGCCACUCUUCCGUGGAGCUGAUCGAUAUGACUUUGGCAUCGUGAUGCCUCCAGGAGGCACGGAAUGCUUUUGGCAAUUUGCCCACCAGACUGGAUACUUCUAUUUCAGUUAUGAGGUUCAGCGGACAGUGGGGAUGUCACAUGACCGGCAUGUUGCUGCCACGGCACAUAACCCACAGGGAUUUCUCAUAGACACCUCCCAGGGUGUCCGGGGCCAGAUUAACUUCUCUACCCAAGAGACAGGUUUUUAUCAGCUUUGUCUAAGUAAUCAGCAUAAUCACUUCGGUUCUGUGCAAGUGUACCUCAACUUUGGAGUCUUCUAUGAGGGCCCUGAGACUGACCACAAACAGAAGGAAAGAAAACAACUGAAUGAUACUCUGGAUGCAAUAGAGGACAGCACACAAAAGGUGCAGAACAAUAUCUUUCACAUGUGGCGAUACUACAACUUUGCCCGGAUGAGGAAAAUGGCUGACUUUUUCCUUAUCCAAUCAAACUAUAACUACGUGAACUGGUGGUCGACAGCCCAGAGCCUCAUUAUUAUUCUUUCUGGGAUCCUGCAACUGUAUUUCUUGAAGCGUCUCUUCAAUGUUCCAACAACUACAGACACAAAGAAGCCAAGAUGCUAAGCUAAGGUGACUAUAGCACCCUGGCUCUUUUCUUCUGGGGCUUAGCCGAAUCAGCUUUGUAAUGUUAUGGGACAAAAAUCAAUUUAUCUCAUUAAUGCUUUAGUCUGCUGCACACAUCUAAAAAAGCAAAAUGGCAAUAAAAUAAUAACAACGAAAAAGUUCUGAAGAAGUAUGUAUUAAAUGUAUGCAUCAAAAUACUGUUCAUCAUAUAGCAGUCCCUUAGCCUUCAUUGAGUCUACUUAAAGGCUAACAGAAAAUCUUAGAAGGAAGACGAACUGAAAGAGGCCACAAUCAAGUUUGCUUACAUAUAAAAGCAGGAGUUGGUAAUGUUUUAUUCUUAAAGACUUCACCUUUGGAACUUAAAAUAAGCAAUAUAUUCAUUAAAGAAAUAGUUUAAUUUUGCAAUACAGGUAGUCUUUAAAUUUUUUGUCUAUAAAAUAUUAAAGAAAUAUUCUAAGGAUCUUAAAAUAACUUUGGGAGGCAUGGGGAAGGACAGAGGAACUGAAUUUUUUUUUUUUUUUUUGAGACGGAGUCUCGCUCUUUCACCCAGGCUGGAGUGCAGUGGCGCGAUCUCGGCUCACUGCAGGCUCCGCCCCCCAGGGUUCACACCAUUCUCCUGCCUCAGCCUCCCACGUAGCUGGGACUACAGGCGCCUGCCACCUCGCCCGGCUAAUUUUUUUGUAUUUUUAGUAGAGACGGGGUUUCACCGUGUUAGCCAGGAUGGUCUCGAUCUCCUGACCUCGUGAUCUGCCCGCCUCGGCCUCCCAAAGUGCUGGGAUUACAGGCGUGAGCCACCGCGCCCGGCCAGGAACUGAAUUUUUAUGUUGCGGUCUCUGAUCAGUGCUUUUAGUCCAAUCCAGUCAAGUAAGUAAAGUAAAGGUUCAUAGAAAAAAUUAUGUUUUAUAAAAUCAUAGUGAUGAAAAAAACUUUCCAGCCUAGGAUCAUCCCA